AUGGUCUUAUUGACACGUUUUCUGGCUAUCGCGCACAGCACGAUGAACAUCGAGGAUGGACCUACAAUGCGACCCCAGCCUUCCUUCAUCUGCCAUCUCCUGCGCAUCACAGAUAUGGCGGAGGACAGGACGCGUUGGGACCUCGACUGGGAGAAGGUCUUCAAGAUCUUGAAGGAUCCGAUGAAAGUGUAUCGCUUGUUGUUGCAGGGUCGGCCGAUGCUGGGGGAGAUGGAUAAAGGAGCAAUUGAUACAUAUUGCGCCGCCCUCCGCGAAGCUCAGAAGACAGCAUUCAUUUGUGCGCACUGCUUCCGCGCUCCAGAGUUCAAGCUAGACAAACUCUGGCAACUUUGGGAUGAUGACAAGCGGCUGCAGCACAUGUUCGCAGGGCUCGAAUUCGCUUGCGAGAGCUCGCCGCUGUCCCAGGAUGCACGGGUUUUAUGCCCUGAAGGAAGGAGGGAAGCUUUUGUCGAUCUAGUCCGCAAGUUCAUCAUUUCGGCAGGCCAGACACCGCCAUAUGCGCUCCCCUUCCCUUUCCCUGACCCUUGGUGGCAGCAGUUGGCUCGGGAGUUUCCCAAGCCACAACCUGAAGCGUACAUAGCUAUGACUCUCAUACGGCAGGAAUUCAUUGCCAAUUUCAUCACCGGUGUCUAUGUCUCCGUCGAGGACGUCUAUGACAAAUGUAACAGUGACGCGAUCAUGGAUGCCAUCAAGGAUUGCGGUAGGGCUGGAGGCUCGUACCAAGCUUUUGGAAUGUAG